CGAGGGCUCACAGGAACAGUCGUAGAUAGACAACACUGAAACAUUACCCCUGUUGUUCUUCUGUCUUUGCACUAUUUAAUUACUACAGCUGUUAACGGAAAACCCUAACGCAAAUCUCUGAAUCCGACGUUCUCAAAAUGGGUUCUGAAGGAUCAACUGUUGUCGUACCUAGGAAUUUCAGAUUACUGGAAGAGCUUGAGAGAGGAGAAAAAGGGAUUGGGGAUGGAACUGUCAGCUAUGGAAUGGAUGAUGCUGAUGACAUAUUAAUGCAAUCUUGGACUGGGACUAUUAUAGGUCCCCCCAAUACUGUUCAUGAGGGGCGUAUCUACCAGUUGAAGCUUUUUUGUGGCACAGAUUAUCCAGACAAUCCACCGAGUGUUAGAUUUCAAACCCGGAUAAACAUAACCUGUGUCAAUCAAGAGACUGGAGUGGUUGAACCUAGUCUUUUCCCAAUGCUUGCUAAUUGGCAAAGGGACUACACAAUGGAGGACGUUUUGACUCAACUGAAGAAAGAAAUGAUGUCUCCUCAAAAUUGGAAGCUUCCUCAACCUCCAGAAGGCAAUGAAGAUGCGAGGGUGGAUCACAAGGGGUUAGUGCUCAAGUGUUGUAUUCUCUGAGUCGCUGAAAGACUCUUUGUAUGCAGGUGAUAAUGUAUAUAUAAGGUUUAUAAUAUAGAUUAUUUGAACCGCGGCUAGUUCCAUGCAUGUCUGAGAAAAGUUGUCAUUAGCUUCAUCAAAUGGUGGCUAAAUAAGCUGGAUUCUUUAUGAAUCAAUGACAUGUUCAUCAUUUAACUGUGUAGUUUAUCCUCAUCUUCCUCCCGUUCAGGUGUAUUACAUUUCUGGAUGUAACAAUGCCAGUAUGUUGAACCUUACUGUUUUUGUGUGUGGGUACUCUAGAAUGAUUCAAGCGAAAAAGGAUAAGAUAAAAACAAGUUUGAAAUUA